AGGCGCUGACGCUGACACUUCCAUUCGUCCGUCACCACGUCGCGAAAUUUGCCAUCUCUCGCAUCUCUAGAUUCUUGACAUUUCUCUGAACGACUUCAAAUCGCUCUUUGCCUCUCUCCUUCUGCCUUCUAAUGUGAAUCAAAUCUCUCUCUCUCGCGUACUCCUUUUUCGUCUUGAUCGGAUUCUCUCUCUCGCUGGCUUCGCCUUCACCGCCUAACCUCCAGUUCACCGACUAUCUGUGUUCUCUUCUCUGAUGGCGAUCGCCGAUACGCUUGAGAGUACAACCGCCUCACCUAGCUCUUUAAGCGAAUUGGAUGCCAACCGCUUCGUUCGUAGGCGACCGAGUGCUACCACCGCCGUACCGGAGUCUGAUACAAUUUUGAGACCGAACACUAGUGAAUGUGACAAUUUGCUUCCAGAUGCAGGUGUUAAUGCUUUAUCGGCUGCCAAGAGACGCGAGGACGAUAAGGAUCGAAAUGACGCUGUUGAAAAUCUGAAUCUAAUGGAAACGGAAAAGGAUCCUGGUGAUAAGUCCGAGAGUCGAGGCGACGCGAAUUUUGAUGUUUCCGCUGUGAAAUUUGCUUACCGGCCUUCGGUUCCGGCUCAUCGGCGAGUAAAGGAAAGUCCUCUAAGCUCUGAUGCGAUAUUCAGACAGAGCCACGCAGGUCUGUUCAACCUCUGUAUAGUAGUGCUUGUUGCAGUUAACAGCAGACUGAUCAUUGAGAAUCUUAUGAAGUAUGGUUGGUUAAUUCAAAGUGGUUUUUGGUUUAGUUCAAGAUCCUUGCGAGACUGGCCACUUCUAAUGUGUUGCCUUUCUCUCCCUGUAUUCCCCCUUUCUGCUUUUCUUGUUGAGAAGUUCGCAGUACAGAAAUAUAUAUCUGAGCCUGUUAUUAUUUUUCUUCAUAUUAUUAUUACCACUGCUGCAGUUCUGUACCCAGUUUUUAUGAUUCUCAGGUUUGACUCUGCUGUUUUAUCUGGUGUAACUUUGAUGCUCUUUGCAUGCAUUGUCUGGUUGAAAUUGGUUUCGUAUGCUCAUACAAAUCAUGACAUGAGAGCAGUUUCCAAAUCAGUUGAUGAGGGAGAUGUCUUGCCUAGUUCCCUGACCUCGGACUACCCUCACAAUGUUAGUUUCAGGAGUUUGGUCUACUUUAUGCUUGCUCCGACAUUAUGUUAUCAGCCAAGCUACCCACGAACAGCACACAUACGAAAGGGUUGGGUGGUUCGACAAUUUGUUAAGUUAAUAAUAUUCACUGGGGUUAUGGGUUUUAUUAUUGAACAGUACAUAAAUCCUAUUGUCAGAAAUUCUCAACAUCCGUUAAAGGGUAACCUUUUGUAUGCUACAGAGAGGAUCUUAAAGCUUUCUGUGCCAAAUUUAUAUGUUUGGCUGUGCAUGUUUUACUGCUUUUUCCACCUAUGGUUAAAUAUAUUGGCUGAGGUUCUUUGUUUUGGAGAUCGAGAGUUCUACAAGGACUGGUGGAAUGCCCAAACAGUUGAAGAGUAUUGGAGAAUGUGGAAUAUGCCUGUCCAUAAAUGGAUGGUUCGCCACAUCUAUUUUCCAUGCCUAAGAAAUGGGAUACCGAAGGGAGUUGCAAUCGUAAUUUCAUUUCUAGUUUCUGCAGUAUUCCAUGAGCUGUGCAUUGCUGUCCCUUGCCACAUGUUCAAGCUCUGGGCUUUCAUAGGAAUAAUGUUUCAGAUUCCGCUGGUUUUGAUAACGAAUCACCUUCAAAAUACGUUCAAAAACUCUAUGGUUGGAAACAUGACGUUCUGGUUCAUAUUUAGCAUUCUUGGUCAACCAAUGUGUCUCUUACUAUACUAUCACGACUUGCUCAACCGCAAAGGGAUCGACUAAGCUACUCUCUAAUUUACGUAUGUGGCUGUGGCUCAACUUCCUCUACUUUCUGCGCGGGUAAACAUAGCGAUCCCACCCUUUUCCAUUCCCUGCUGCCUCCCACAACUUCUUUUGUACUUUUUGAGAUGCAAUGCUAUGUUUUCGUCAAGUUUCAUGCUAUCUAUGUAAAUUCAAUUAGGUUUAUUUGUUAUUUUUUUAUUAUGUAUAUUCCACAUGACUUCGACCGGAGCUUCUUUUACAAAACACAAGGGCCACCA